AUGGCAUGGGAGGUGCCCAACGUUUCUCCAACAUCAGAGAUCCAAGCAGGAACUUCUGAACAAAGAAAGAGGGAGGAAGAUGAGGAGCCCAAGCAAGGGAAGCCGUAUGUCUUUGAUAGAGUGUUACCUCCUAACACAACCCAGGAACAAGUUUACAAUGCCUGUGCCAAGCAGAUUGUUAAAGAUGUUCUUGAAGGCUACAAUGGCACGAUCUUUGCUUAUGGACAGACGUCAUCAGGAAAAACACAUACGAUGGAGGGAAAGCUGCAUGACCCUCAGCUCAUGGGAAUCAUUCCAAGAAUUGCACAUGACAUCUUUGAUCACAUCUAUUCCAUGGAUGAAAACCUGGAGUUUCAUAUAAAGGUUUCCUACUUUGAGAUAUAUUUGGACAAAAUAAGGGACCUACUUGAUGUGUCGAAGACAAACCUCGCUGUACAUGAAGAUAAAAACAGAGUCCCAUAUGUUAAGGGUUGUACAGAAAGAUUUGUGUCUAGUCCUGAAGAAGUUUUGGAUGUCAUUGAUGAAGGGAAAGCUAACCGCCAUGUAGCUGUUACAAAUAUGAACGAACACAGCUCUAGGAGCCACAGUAUCUUCCUCAUUAAUAUUAAACAGGAGAAUGUGGAAACUGAGAAGAAACUCAGUGGAAAGCUUUACCUGGUAGACUUGGCUGGAAGCGAGAAGGUCAGCAAAACUGGAGCGGAGGGUGCUGUUCUUGAUGAAGCUAAAAAUAUCAAUAAGUCUUUGUCUGCUUUGGGCAAUGUGAUAUCUGCCUUGGCAGAAGGAACUAAAACCCAUGUUCCAUACCGAGACAGCAAAAUGACCCGAAUACUUCAGGAUUCCCUGGGUGGGAACUGCAGAACCACCAUCGUAAUAUGCUGUUCUCCUUCUGUGUUCAAUGAAGCAGAAACAAAGUCAACCCUGAUGUUUGGGCAGCGAGCUAAGACGAUUAAGAACACGGUCUCUGUGAAUCUGGAGCUGACCGCGGAGGAGUGGAAGAAAAAGUACGAGAAGGAGAAAGACAAAAACAAGAGUCUAAAGAAUGUUAUCCAGCAUCUAGAGCUGGAACUGAACAGGUGGAGAAAUGGAGAAGCUGUGCCUGAAGAUGAACAAAUCAGUGCAAAGGACCAGAAGAACCUGGAGCCUUGUGAUAACACCCCGAUUAUUGACAACAUCACACCGGUUGUUGCCAGCAUCUCGACGGAGGAGAAACAGAAAUAUGAUGAUGAGAUUGCCAGUCUCUACAGACAGCUGGAUGAUAAGGAUGAUGAAAUCAACCAGCAGAGCCAGUUGGCUGAAAAACUAAAGCAACAAAUGUUGGAUCAAGAGGAGCUUUUGGCCUCCACUAGGAGAGAUUAUGAGAAGAUUCAAGAGGAGCUGACCCGUCUUCAGAUUGAGAAUGAAGCAGCAAAAGAUGAAGUGAAAGAGGUCCUUCAAGCCCUGGAAGAAUUAGCUGUCAAUUAUGACCAGAAAUCCCAAGAAGUGGAGGACAAAACAAGAGCCAACGAGCAGCUGGCUGACGAGCUGGCACAGAAGAGUAGUGCCCUGACAGCAACCCAGAGGGAGCUGGGCCAGCUGCAGGAGCUCAGUAACCAUCAGAAGAAGAGAGCUACAGAAAUCUUGAACUUGCUGCUUAAGGACCUGGGAGAGAUUGGAGGAAUCAUUGGUACUAAUGAUGUUAAAACAUUAGCAGAUGUGAACGGGGUGAUUGAGGAGGAGUUCACCAUGGCACGGCUUUACAUCAGCAAGAUGAAGUCUGAGGUGAAGUCUCUGGUGAACCGCAGCAAGCAGCUGGAGAGCGCCCAGAUAGACUCCAACAGGAAGAUGAACGCCAGCGAGAGGGAGCUUGCAGCUUGCCAGCUCCUCAUUUCACAGCAUGAAGCAAAGAUCAAGUCCCUUACAGACUACAUGCAAAAUAUGGAGCAGAAGAGAAGGCAGCUGGAAGAGUCACAGGACUCUCUCAAUGAAGAACUUGCCAAGUUACGUGCUCAAGAAAAAAUGCACGAAGUCAGUUUCAAGGAUAAGGAGAAGGAGCAUCUGACCCGGCUUCAGGACGCAGAGGAGAUGAAGAAGGCACUGGAGCAGCAGAUGGAGAGUCACAGGGAAGCCCACCAGAAGCAGCUGUCCAGGCUGAGGGAUGAGAUUGAAGAGAAGCAGAAAAUAAUUGAUGAAAUCAGAGAUAUGAAUCAGAAGCUGCAACUGGAACAAGAGAAACUGAGUGCUGAUUAUGAUAAAUUAAAAAUUGAGGACCAGGAAAGAGAAAUGAAACUGGAAAAGCUCAUACUGCUUAAUGAUAAAAGGGAACAAGCAAGAGAAGAUCUUAAGGGGCUGGAGGAAACAGUGGCAAGAGAACUUCAGACUCUUCACAACCUACGCAAACUGUUUGUGCAAGAUCUCACCACCCGCGUUAAAAAAAGCGUUGAACUCGACAGCGACGACGGAGGCGGAAGUGCUGCACAGAAGCAGAAAAUUUCCUUUCUUGAGAACAACCUGGAACAGCUUACAAAGGUUCACAAACAGUUGGUACGUGAUAAUGCAGAUCUUCGUUGUGAGCUUCCUAAGCUGGAAAAACGACUUAGAGCUACGGCAGAGAGAGUUAAGGCCCUGGAGAGUGCACUGAAGGAGGCCAAGGAGAAUGCCAUGCGAGACCGCAAACGGUACCAGCAGGAGGUAGAUCGCAUUAAGGAGGCUGUGAGAGCCAAAAACAUGGCACGGAGAGCACACUCUGCUCAAAUUGCCAAGCCCAUCCGCCCUGGUCAUUACCCGGCGUCUUCUCCAACAGCUGUCCAUGCCAUCCGAGGGGGAGGGAUGUCAAACUCCAGCUACUAUCACAACACCAAAUAG